CGCCGCGGGCCGGCGGUGACGGCGGCUCCAGGCGGUGGCUUCUCCAUUUCGGAUGUUUAGAAUCCCCAUGGAUCCACAACCGUAACCAUGGUGACGCGGGUGGAGGUCGGCUCCAUCACGCCCCUGCCAGGAGUGCCAGGCCUCGGGGAGAUCGCCAAGGAGGAGACCCUGACGCGGACCUACUUCCGCCAGGCGGGCGACCCCUCGGGGACCCCCUCAGCCCGGCUCCUGGAAGGAAAGAGCCCCCUCAGGAGCCCCGCACGCCUGCUCCCUCUGCCCAGACUCGCCCCCAAGCCCUUCUUCAAGGAGAAGGCCCCGGCCGUGAAGUCCCCGGGGCCCAGCCCGGCCAGGCCCUCUCCCUCCUGUGGGUCGCCCCAGGACGCGGCGGCAAAGGACCCGGGCGAGAAGAUGCCCAGCCUGGGGGGGCAGGAGGCGGGCGACGGAGGCCUGCGGAGCGGCUCGGCCCUGUUCCCCAAGGCCGCCUUCCUGCGGCCCAGCGCCAGCACCCUGUUCCUCUUCGAAACCACCAAAGCCGGCCCUGUCCUGGGCAAGGGGCUCAGCGAGGGGGCCCCCGAGGCCAAGGCGGGGGUGACUCAGGAGCCCCCCUCGGGCUCGAGGCCUGAAGUGGCCGCCAAGCCCGCCCUGCCUGCCCGGAGGCCUGGGGGGACCCUGCCCCGACCUGCCUCCCUGUCACAGGACACCAGGCCGGCCGCCCCCCGAGAGGACACGGGCCCCAGGGAGCCCCUCUCCAAGGCCAGCAGCGUGGGGGACACGGACAGCCCCGCGGGGGAGCCCCAGCCUCGCCCCAAGAGAAGGCCUGUGUCCGCGAUUUUCACGGACUCCAUCCAGCCUCCGAGGCCGGGCCCGGGCGGGGCGGCUGCGGGGGGGAAAGCGCCCCCCACCCCGCCCGAGAAGACGUGGGUGAGGAGGCCCCGGCCUCUGUCCAUGGACCUCACGGCCCCGUUCGAGAGCAGAGAGGCCUCGCUGAGGAAGGCCGCUGGCGAGGCCACCGCAGGUCCCUCCGGCCAGCGCCGGGGACCCGAGAGGCCCCACCCGGAGCCCCGCGUGGACGGGGAGUGUCCGGUCAAAGCAGAGGCUCCCCUCCCCGACCCAGACUCCGACUUCCUGGAGGUGGCCAAGAAGAUCCGAGAACGGAAGGAGAAGGCGCUUUCCAAGCAGGCCGAGCUGGGCGGCCUCAGAACUGCGGGGGGCUCGGCCAGGGUCACCCCCGCAGACGACCCGAAGCCCGGGGAAGAGAAAGCCAGGCUGGACACAGAGCCAGACAAGGCUCCCGAGUCCCCCUCGCCCAGGCCGAGCCAAGGUCGAGAGAGCGCGGAGGUCAAGAGCAGAGCGUCCGAUGGGGAAAUCCGGACCCGGGGAGAGUGGGUCUGCAGGGGCAGCGUCAAGAAGCGCCUCAGCCUGUUUGGGGAGGAAAGCGCCUUGGCCGUGGGGUCUGAACCCCCACUGGCCACCCCUGAGUCCCCAUCGGCUGCUCCAGAGCCCGAGAAAGCGGGACUGAGCGUCCAGGAUCGGAUCAAAGGCUGGGCCACCGAGAGCUCCAAGGUCAAGCCGGAGGUCAGGAGGAGGGCGUUCCAGGCUCGGCCCCUGUCGGCGGAUAUGACCAAACUGUUUUCAAGCUCAGCUUCAAGCAGUGAAGUCAAGUAUGAGAGGUGCUCGGAGCCGAGUGGCGAGCUUGCUAAGGAGCCGAGAGAAAAGCAAAAGGAAGGGCCUGGUUUGGACGGAGCAUCUGCUCCAAGGAGCCCCUGGAAGCCGGGGACGCCCGGGGAGAAGUCCAGGCAGGCACCGCGGAAGGACAGUUCUAACCAGGUUCCCACCAGCUGUCGCGGGGCAGGCUCGGCGGGGGCCCCGAGCUCCUCGGACGGCGCCCCGGAAGACGAGGGGAGCUUCCAGACCGUGAGGGCCACAGUGUUUGAGCAUCACGUGGAGAGACACACGGUGGCUGACCAGUCGGGACGCUAUCCCCCAGCCACCGCCCCUGGUGCUGUGACCCACGUCUCGGAGCCCCGACUCAGGCCCAAGAGAGGCUCGUGGCUGGGGAAGGACCCUCCGGAAAAGACGACCCUCAAGAGAGAGAACUCCCAGUGGUCGGAAAACCCCGACACCGAGAGAGGGGGACGGACCCCCCUCUUGAAUGGUGACCCCAAACAGGAUCACACGCCUCUCCCGGAAAGGCCCCCUCUGGGCGAGAAACGCGGUAGCCACCCCUUCCUGAAGGGCUUGGAGCACCCCCCCAGGUCACAGAGGGUUGAGCCCAAGUACGACGUCAUGCACACAGUGGGGGAGCGUGCGCACAGUGAGGCUGUCCCCACGGCGCCGGAGGAGAAAGCCGUGGAGCUCCGGAGCGGCAGCAGCAGGUCCCGUCUCUCGCUGAAGGGGAGGCAGCUGUCCCCCGAGGUCGCCCCUGCCGACCCAGAGCGCAGGCCGGACAGUCAGGCGGGCUCCGUCCAAAGGGCCAGUCUGAUGUGGGAAGCCCAAGGGACGCAGGAGGUCAGCGGGCCCAUCCCGGACCCCCGAGAGCCGCAGGGCACGUUCGGGGGCAGUGGCCUGUCGCCCAAGUGGAGAGGUGGGGCGGCCGGGGGCUGGCACAGAGCCACGCUGGUGGUCAGCGAUGACAUCAGCCCUGCAGUCCCCAGCGAGCGCUCGGCCAGGCCCUGUGGCCCUGAGGCCGCCGGUGUGAGGACCGUCCAGGCCGCCAGCAGCGAGGCCCAGCACCAGGGGCCCGAAGGGGCCAGGAACAAGCCAGGAGGCUGUGCUUCUGCGGGAGAAAGGGCUGCUCCCCGCGGCUGCCCUCCCGACGCCCCCUCCAGAGCCAAGGCUGAGCCCUCUGACCUCCGAGCACGGCCACCCACCGACGGGCUUGUGCAGAAAGGGCCCCGAGUGGUGGCUGCCGGGGAGGGUGAGUGGAGGCCGGCCCCGGCCCCGGAGCCUGAAGUCAGGAUGCGGAGGGGGAGCCCCGGGGACCAGAGAUUCGAGAAGUGGAGACGGCGGACAUUGCCCCACGACGUGAAGUUUGAGGAGUUCAGCUUCCUGGCUUCAGAGGGGGAGCAGCCGGGCCCCGAUUAUCUGAGCCCCACCGCGGGCGCCGCGAGGAAACGGCAGCCAUCCCGUAACAGGGCGGAGGCCCAGGACCCGGCCCUCCCAGCUGUGAGCCCAGGGUCAUCUGGGGAACCCAAGGCCACCUUUUUUGCGGUGACAUAUCAGAUUCCCGAUGCUCAAAAAGCAAAGGGUGUUGUUAAGCCAGGGCCCGAAAGCUUGACGGAACAUUCUAGAAAAAUAGCUCCGCCUCCAUCGCCUCAUCCUUUAACUUCCACGUUGGUUUCUCCCAACCCUGAAGAGCCACUGGAGACCAUGGGCAGUAAGAGCCGGGCGCCGGGCAGAGAGCGUGACAGCGCCAGCUUUUCAAACACGCUCAAGCCAACAGAUGUUCCAUCGCCUCCUGGGGACAGGAUUCUGGAUCUUUCCACCGAGAGAAUCUUCGAUGCAGAUGCUGUGUGUGUCCAUCGGCGACCAGAAGGCCGCACUGGGUUUCAGAAUGACUGGAGGGAAGGUGGGAGCAAGACGUCCCCCAGUCGCGCUCCCCAAACCAUCCCGGCUUUCCAGAGUUGCCCCAAAGCCGGGGACCCCCUCGUCAGAAGGAGGAGCGAGGUGGUCAGCGAGACGUCCCCGGGCAAAGUCACAGGUGGCUACAGAUCCAGCGUUCUUGACAUAGACGCCCUGAUGGCCGAGUACAAGAAGCCGGAGGCUCCGGAGCGGACGGAGGGGCCGCCCGCAGAGCCUGGCUGGGCCCAGGAGCGGCCAGGCCAGCGAGGCGGGGUGGAGCGGAGGCGGAGGAGCCUGAAGGAGGGGCCCGAAGAUGAGGGUCCCCGGAAACAAGCCAGUUUUGCUGAAACAAACCGAGGUUCUAGUCCAGCCUCUGGCAGGCAGCUGGCCGAGAGCCCGGGGGCCGCCACGAGCCCCAAACUCAGCUCUCCUCUGUGGGCUCUGCCGCCCGGGGCUCCUGAAAAACAGCCAGGGGCCUCUCCCGGCCACGGGGGUCCCGGGAAGAAGGUCUCGGGAAUAGUGGACAGGAAGAAAGGGUCCCCGAGGAAAUGCGCCGGGCGGGGAGAGGAGGGCCGUGUGGCCCAGUGGGGUGACCACCCGCAGGACUGUGGCAGGUCACCGCUGGACGUCAAAAGGGCCUAUUCGGAGAAGAGUGCCCCUGCCAAAAUCCGAGAGGGCCUGUCCAUCAUGCAGGAAGCCAGAGAAAGGAGGCGAGAGCAGCCCAAAGGGAGGCCCAGCCUCCCUGGGGAGAGUUCGGAGGCCAAGGAAACCAAAACGGGGCCCUGUCGGCGGGACUCGGGGACUCGAGACAGUCAAAAGAGGGAAGAGCCGCCCCCUCCCGAGGAAAACGGGAAGCACUCGGAUGCGCUCAGCACAGCCCGGCGCGGCAGGGCGAUGGAGUACUAUUACUGCCCCAGCCUCCUCAAGCUCCUGCGCUACCUCUGGGACACCCUGCUGGUAUCGGAGAAUUGCUUGGUGGUGUUGGAACUGGUGUCAGAUUUAGAGGUGCACUCAGAGAUGACUGAGGUGCAGGCUGCCAUCCCCAGGAACGGGGAGCUCAGUGUGGGUGCUAGGAGCAUCAGCAGCCGGCUACCAAUGUAG